AUGAAAGCUCAGAUGUCUGCGUUAUUGAUUAACGAGAAAUACCAGGCUUCAUUAGGCCAAAAGACGUAUGAUUAUCGAGAAUUAAUCGGCCUAAUCGACCGGCCUAAUGCCCUUUAUGUGCCUGAUAACGUUUAUGAUGAUCGGAAGAGGAUGGCGAGCAAGAGAACAUCUUUGGGGGUUCAAAUAGGGGGCUGGAGCUCGAGCAAUCAGAUCGUUCUUUCGGGUUCCCGAGCAGGAGUCUUAGCCGCAUGCGGAUACCUCAACGAACUGGAGAUCGCCAAUCGAGCUGCCGACUUACCUUGCUCGUAA